AUGUAUUGCUCUACUUCAUUUAGCGGGACGCAAACCAGGUCUGAGGACGCUCUCACUACCCUUCAAAAGCAGCAGCAGAAAGCCGGCCAGGCUCUGCGAGAGCUCGCUCAAAAUGCGAAUCAGAGCCCAUGCCGCCGCCGCCUCCCUGCUGCUCGACCAGAAACUCCAACUCCCCCAGCAGCUGCACAUGUUCAAAGGACGGCAACACGGUUGUCCAGUUGGACUGCUCGGGAAAGCGAGCUACUUGCCUCUCCAAGACGCCGACGCGUACAGAACAAUGGAGAUGAAAAUCGAGCUCCACAUGCCUCUAGCUCGACAUCCGUCACGUCGAAUCGCAGGACAAUGAUGUGCCCUCGCCUUGCGCCUCUCACUCCACUGCUGACACCACAACCACCUGCUGCCCAGCCAAAUGCCUGA